AGUCAGUCAAUCAGUGUUACGGGAGGCGCGUGCGGAUGGGGCGAGCGGCGGCAGAUCGUCAUCGCCGGGAACGAACGGCAACAAUAGCACCCUGAUCAAAGAAAAGUAAAAAAAACGAAACCCACCACCGAGCUCGUGUGUAGUGAGUGCGUGAAAUAUAGAGUGUGGAAAAUAUGGAGUGCAGGAGGAUCGUCAGCUUCCUGGCGGCUACUUGCCUGCUGCUGUUGAUCGACGUCGCCGCCGACGAGCAUAAUCAUGUGUAUGAACUCGGUAAUGAGGUAGUGUUGUGGAUGAGUACCGUUGGCCCUUAUCAUAACCGACAAGAAACUUACUCCUAUUACUCUUUACCAUUCUGUAAAGGGCCUAAAGAAGUUAUUAAUCAUUACCAUGAAACUUUAUCUGAAGCUCUACAAGGUAUGGAGCUGAAAAUAAGUGGACUAAACAUAGAGUUUCGACAACCUGUUAAAAGAAAAGAGUAUUGUAAGAUUGAUUUGAAUGAGGAAAGUUAUAAAGCUUUUGUCUAUGCUGUAAGAAAUCAGUAUUGGUAUCAGAUGUACAUCGAUAACUUGCCAAUUUGGGGUGUUGUUGGUGAACCUGAUGAUACAAAUGGUGAAAUCUCUUACUACAUUUGGACGCACAAAAAACUAGACAUUGGUUACAAUGGCAAGCAAAUUGUUGAUGUCAACUUGACUAGCGAAUCCAAAAUUGAACUGAAGCCUGGCAAGAAAAUUCCGUUUAGCUAUGAAGUCAACUGGAAAAAGAGUAAUAUCAAAUUUGAGGAUAGAUUUGACAAAUACUUAGAUCCUAAUUUUUUCCAACACAGGAUUCACUGGUUUAGCAUUUUCAAUAGCUUCAUGAUGGUCAUGUUCCUGGUUGGACUUGUAUCAAUGAUUUUAAUGCGCACUCUAAGAAAAGACUAUGCCAGAUAUAGCAAAGAUGAGGAGAUGGAUGACAUGGAGAGAGAUUUGGGAGAUGAAUAUGGUUGGAAACAAGUUCAUGGAGAUGUGUUCAGACCAGCUAAUUCACCCAUGCUGUUUUCUGCACUGAUUGGAGCUGGUUUUCAAAUCACAUUCGUAGUAUUAAAUGUCAUCUUAAUCGCGAUCAUUGGAGAACUCUAUACAGAGCGAGGAUCGAUGCUUUCUGUAGCUAUUUUGGUUUAUGCACUCACAUCUCCAAUCAAUGGUUACGCAGGAGGUGGACUUUACGCGCGAAUGGGCGGCCGAUUGUGGAUUAAGCAGAUGCUUCUCAGUGCUUUCUUGAUUCCAGCUUUGGUUUGCGGUACCGCUUUCUUCAUCAACUUUAUUGCCAUGUAUUACCACGCCAGUAGAGCUAUCCCUUUCGGAUCAAUGGUGGCUGUAACGUGUAUCUGCAUAUUUGUGAUUCUACCAUUGACCGUAGUAGGAACCAUUUUGGGCCGUAAUCUCGCAGGCACACCAAAUGCUCCAUGCAGAGUUAAUGCAGUGCCACGACCUAUACCUGAGAAAAAAUGGUUUAUGGAGCCAUUUGUUAUUAUUAUGCUCGGUGGCAUCCUUCCGUUCGGCUCUAUCUUUAUUGAAAUGUAUUUCAUCUUCACGUCGUUCUGGGCGUACAAGAUUUACUACGUAUAUGGUUUUAUGUUACUGGUGUUUGUUAUCCUUAUAAUCGUAACUGUAUGCGUGACAAUCGUUUGCACAUACUUCCUUCUCAAUGCCGAAGAUUACAGAUGGCAAUGGACUAGUUUUCUAGCAGCUGCAUCAACAGCCAGCUAUGUUUACCUUUAUUCGUUUUAUUACUUCUUCUUCAAGACUAAGAUGUACGGCCUCUUCCAAACCGCGUUCUAUUUCGGCUAUAUGGCACUGUUCAGCUUGGCUCUGGGCAUAAUGUGUGGUACAGUCGGCUAUGUGGGUACAAAUGCGUUCGUUCGCAAGAUUUACUCGACAGUGAAGAUAGAUUAAGUCGUGAUUGUAAACAUCGUCUACAGAGAGAUGACAUCGCUACUCAAAGUAGGACUCACCAACGCUCGCGUUUGUUCUGUUUCUUCCCCUAUUACGAGAAAGAAAAAACUCCCUAGUCAAACGCAAAAGGUAUAGUCUUGGAGUCAUGUAGAUUCCAAGUAUGUGUAUAACUAAUAAAAGAAAAGAAAAAUAAUGAAAAUCGAGUCCUACAGCGAGACGGCUGAUGUGUAGAGAUUUUCUCGCAAAUUUACACACAGUCGAUGGAUGAAUCUCUCGAUGGCUUAAGAAAAUAAUGUAUGCCUGGUUGUGAUUUAUGAAUGACUAUGCAACGUGAUGUGAGUGAUGUAAUAAAUAAGUUGUUACGAACGUCCAUUUGUUGCUACGACUGGUGCACAUACAUUAAGUUUUCAUCUUUCUUUUUAUCAACAAUGCAUUCUUUUUGGACUUACAAUGGAUCUUUAUGUUUGGAAAACUAUUGCGUAGAGUUGUAAAUUACUCAACUGUUGUAAAGUAUAAAAUUUUUUCGUAAUCGAUGAUUUUUAGAUGCAAUCAACUGAAAUAUAAGUAAUAUAUAAAAACAAAACCAAAUAGAGAAUGGUGAAGGGUAUGUAUUGUAAUUGCUUGCUACAGAUACACAAAUGUUUUAUUGAUUUAAAUCAAAUUAUCACUUGUGCUAUAUCAACGUAUAAAGUUUUUUUCAGUUAAAAUUGUUUUUAAGAGUAACAUUGCUAAUAUGAGCUAUUCUUUUCAUAAAAGAAUCAAUUGGUAAUGAAAUUUUUCUACGAAAACAAGUAGAUAUUACAUUUUAAAUAAAAGCCAUUUUUCACAUUUAAUGUACAUGAUUCAUUGGAAUACUUUUGUUAACGAAAAAAUUGUAUAUGGUUGUAGAGUUAACAUGUAAGUGAAUAAUUUUUUUAAAUGUAAAGAUUUUGACAUGUUUCCUUUGAUAGAUUUGUAAAGAAUUUUAUUUUAAUAGAAGAGAGAAUGCACCUAGAUGUAUAAUAUAAAUAAUACCCAGAAUUUAGAAGAAUAUUUGUCAUUAAUUUUUGUAUAAUUGUUAUUCUAAUAACAUGAAUAUUCAAGCUUCAUAAUAGAAAGAUUUCAAAUAUUAAGACUCAAUGAGCAAGCAUGAGUUUAUUGGUCUUCUAUAGAACUUCCUUGUAUAGUGACUUAAAGAAGAAAUCUAUUCUAAAUAAUUUACUGAUUUUUUAUUAUUGUACUGAAAUUUAUUAACAAAUAAUAUAAAAGUAAUCGAAAUGAUUUAUGUCAAAAA